AUGUCUGUGGUUUCAUCUUUGUUUCCAUCAUUCUUGUCAAUGCAUCUCAACUGGGAUUUUCUAGACCCAAUUUCCUUACGUGGGUUGUCCUGUUUCUUGCACAUCUUUUUGUUAAUUACUCUGUUCAUUUCCUGGCUGUCCCAAAAGUUCGUCCAUAGUCAUGAUCAAUCACAAAAGGGCAGUUUUAGGAACGCUAAAGUUUCAUAUUAUAAAGCAGCCUUUUUGGGUUCUCUGUGUUUAGCUGGGUUUAAUCUUGUUCUGUGUUUUUUGAACAACUUUUACUGGUACACAAAUGGUUGGUCAGAUGAGAAGCUCAUAACCUUUGCUGAUUUGUGCCUGAAAACCUUUUCCUGGGUAGCAGUUUCAGUAUAUUUACAUACCCGAGUCUCAAAUCCAGGUGAAUCUAAUUAUCCUAUCGUAGUCAGAAUAUGGUGGAUAGUUUUCCUCUGUUUUUCUUCUUAUUGUGUGGUGAUAGACUUCCUUUAUUACAAAAAGCAUCAAUCUUUAUCAACUCUCUUUUGGGUUGCUGACAUUUUUUCCGCAGCAAUGGGAUUAUUUUUCUGUGUUGUGGGGUUCUUGGGUAGAAAUGGAGGGGAGGAAUCAGAUAGUCUUGUCCAAGAACCACUUUUGAAUGGUAAUGCUAUAAGUGAUUCUAGGGUACCUUCAGGGGAGGAAAGUGUUACUCCUUUUGCCAAUGCUAGUUUCUGGAGUAUCCUUAUCUUCUCUUGGAUGAGCCCUUUGAUUUCUCUAGGCCACAAUAAGGCACUUGACCUUAAGGAUAUUCCCCAGCUUGCUGGUCGUGAUAGUGUAAGAGGUGCUUUUCCAAUUCUGGAAGAUAAAUUAAGUUCUGAGCGUGGGGAUUCUAGUAAAGUUACAUCCUUUAUGCUGAUGAUGGGAUUGUUUUCCACUGCAUGGAAAGAGGUACUGUUAUCAGGCCUUUUUGCGCUGAUUUGCACUUUGGCUUCCUAUGUUGGCCCUUACCUCAUUGAAACCUUUGUUCAAUAUCUCAAUGGACAAAGACACUUUGAUCAUGAAGGGUAUGUACUUGUUGCAGUUUUCUUCUUUGCCAAACUUGCUGAAUGCUUAUCACAGAGACAUGCAACGUUUAGGGUGCAACAAGUUGGAUUUAGAGCAAGGUCAGCUUUGGUGGAGAAGAUUUACAAUAAGGGCUUAACUCUCUCUUUUGAAUCCCGGCAAGAGCAGACAAGUGGGGAAAUCAUAAAUUUAAUGGCUGUAGAUGCUGAGAGAGUUAGCGAUUGCGGGUGGUACGUGCAUGAACCUUGGAUAAUUUUCAUACAAGUUGGUCUCGCAUUGGUGUUGUUGUAUAGGAAUCUUGGGCUUGCUUCAAUUGCUACAUUUAUUGCAACUGUUAUUGUGAUGUUGCUUAAUUUCCCUAUAGGGAGAUUGCAAGAGGAAUUCCAAGGCGAACUGAUGAAAUCAAAAGAUAAACGGAUGAAAGUGACAUCUGAAGUUUUGAGGAAUAUGAGGAUCCUUAAGUUGCAAGCCUGGGAGAUGAAAUUCUUGUCUAAAAUCCAGCAACUGAGGGACACUGAGGAAGGAUGGUUAAGAAAAUAUCUAUACUCAUGGGCUAUGACCAGUUUUGUUUUUGCUACAUCCCCAACCAUUGUGUCAGUAAUCACCUUUGGUGCUUGUUUCCUGCUUGGAGUCCCGCUUGAAUCAGGGAAGAUAUUAUCUGCACUUGCUACUUUUAAAAUACUUCAAGAACCUAUUUACACUCUCCCUGAUACAAUUUCCACAAUUGUUCAGACUAAAGUUUCCCUUGAUCGAAUUGCUUCAUUUCUUUCUCUUGCCGAUCUGCCACCAGAUGCUGUACAAAAGCUUCCUGUGGGAAGCUCCAGUUUGGCAAUUGAGAUCAUUGAUGGAAAUUUUACCUGGGACCUUUUGGCUCCUAGACCAUGUCUUAGAGAUAUUAACAUCAAGGUUUCUCAUGGCAUGAGGGUUGCAAUUUGCGGUACUGUAGGUUCAGGGAAGUCUAGCCUACUGUCAUGUGUAUUAGGAGAGAUGCCGAAACUAUCAGGAACAAUUAAGUUGUGUGGGACAAAAGCCUAUGUUGCUCAGUCACCAUGGAUACAGAGUGGAACAAUUGAAGAAAAUAUUUUGUUUGGCAAGGAGAUGGAAAGAGAAAAGUAUGAUCGUGUUCUUGAUGCAUGCUCCCUAAAGAAAGACCUGGAAAUUCUCUCUUGUGGGGAUCAGACACUUAUAGGUGAGAGGGGAAUUAAUUUGAGUGGUGGGCAGAAACAAAGAAUUCAGAUUGCUCGUGCACUAUACCAUGAUGCCGAUAUUUAUCUGUUUGAUGAUCCUUUUAGCGCUGUGGAUGCUCAUACUGGAACACACUUGUUCAAUGAAUGCAUACUCGGUUUUCUGUUAAACAAAACAGUAGUUUAUGUUACACAUCAAGUAGAGUUUUUGCCUGCGGCUGAUCUCAUUCUCGUAAUGAAAGAUGGAGAAGUUACUCAAGCUGGAAAAUAUGAUGACAUACUUAAGUCAGGAAGUGACUUUAUGGAGCUUGUGGGUGCUCAUAAAACAGCUCUCUCAAUGCUUGAUUCUAUUGAAGGAGAUUCCACAACUAUCAUACAGGAUGCUAGUUCUGUGGAAAGCACCGAAAACUUGGGAACAAAAGAAGAAAAUAAAGGUGAUGGAGAUGCCAAAACAGGUGAUAUUGCAGGAUCUAAAGGGCAGCUUGUUCAAGAAGAAGAAAGAGAGAAAGGUAAGGUUGGAUUCCCAGUUUACUGGAAUUAUAUGACCACUGCUUAUGGAGGAGCUCUUGUACCAUUUGUACUCUUGUCACAAAUCUUGUUUCAAGUACUUCAAAUUGGAAGCAAUUACUGGAUGGCUUGGGCUACUCCUGUGUCCGAGGAUGAUGCACCUCAAGUAUCUGGCUCGACUCUCCUCAUUGUUUAUGCUAGUUUGGCAAUAACCAGCUGCAUCUUUUCCCUUUCCAGAACUUUGUUUCUGGCAACCGCUGGCUACAAAACCUCGACUAUACUCUUUAACAGAAUGCAUUUCAGCAUCUUCCGUGCUCCCAUGUCCUUUUUCGAUUCCACACCAAGUGGGCGGAUCCUCAAUCGAGCUUCUACUGACCAAAGUGCUGUGGAUUUAAGAAUGUCAUUCCAAAUAGGAUCUGUGGCGAACGUGACAAUACAGCUGUUGGGAGUUGUUGCUGUAAUGUCACAAGUUGCAUGGCAGGUUUUCAUCAUUUUUAUCCCCGUGAUCUCAAUCUCCAUUUGGUUGCAGCAAUUUUAUAUUUCAUCUGCACGAGAACUAUCAAGAUUGAUAGGAGUCACCAAAGCGCCAGUUAUACAACACUUCUCUGAGACGAUAUCAGGGUCCAGUACAAUCAGAAGUUUCGAUCAAGAACCUAGAUUCAAGGAUACUAGUAUGACACUGAUCGAUGCUCAUUCCCGUCCUAUUUUUCAUAAUGCGGCAGCAAUGGAGUGGUUUUGUGUUCGCAUAGAUGCUCUGUCUCUCAUCACUUUUACCUUGUCAUUGUUAUUCUGGGUGUCAGUUCCAGAGGGAACAAUUGAUCCAAGCGCCGCUGGCUUAGCAGUAACUUAUGGACUUAAUUUGAACGUCAUACAAUUUAUGGCUGUAUGGUUUAUCUGCAAUAUGGAGAACAAGAUCAUAUCAGUUGAGAGGAUAUUCCAGUACAUGGGUAUUCCUAGUGAGCCUCCACUCGUCAUAGAGUCAAAUAGGCCAGAUGUCCACUGGCCAUCACAAGGGCAAGUAGAUCUUCAUGACCUUCAGGUCCGAUAUGCGCCACACUUGCCACUGGUGUUAAGAGGGCUUACAUGCACUUUCUUGGGUGGGAAAAAGACAGGCAUUGUUGGGAGGACAGGAAGCGGUAAAUCAACACUCAUACAAACACUCUUCCGGAUGGUUGAACCUGUUGGUGGAGAAAUAAAGAUAGAUGGCAUCAAUAUCUCCUCAAUCGGUCUUCAUGAUUUACGCUCCCGAUUGAGUAUUAUUCCACAGGAUCCAACCAUGUUUGAGGGAACAGUGCGCAAUAAUCUGGAUCCACUUAAUGAGUACAACGAUGAACAGAUUUGGGAGGCUCUGGAUAAAUGCCAGCUUGGAGAUGAAGUUCGAAAAAAGGAAGGGAAACUUGAUUCUGCAGUUUCAGAAAAUGGAGAGAAUUGGAGUGUGGGACAACGGCAAUUGGUGUGUCUGGGGCGAGUUCUGCUAAAGAAAAGCAAGGUUCUGGUGCUUGAUGAGGCCACAGCAUCGGUUGAUACAGCAACUGAUAAUAUGAUUCAGCAAACUCUGAGGCAGCAUUUCAAUGAUUCCACUGUCAUUACCAUUGCACACCGAAUAACAUCCGUGCUAGACAGUGACAUGGUCUUACUACUUGAUCAAGGUCUGAUUCAAGAGUAUGAUUCUCCAUCAAACUUACUGGAAAACAAUACUUCAGAUUUCGCGAAGCUUGUUGCUGAAUACAGCAUGAGGUCUACUUCCAGCUAA